AGUAUAAUUUGCGAAUAAACAUGUCGACACUGAUAUUAGUGGCAAAAUAGUUGGGGCUGAUGAAACCCUAGUUUAUCCUGCAAUCUCUCUCUCUCUCUCUCUCUCUCUCUCUCUCUCUCUCUCUCGUAAAUUCAUUCAUUCAUCCAUCUUCCAUCCCAUCGUAUCACCUGAAGGAUUGUGAAGGAACAUAAUACCACAUGACAAGUUCCUUCCAAAUGCCUAUUGAUCACUCUGAUGAGUUUUUUGAAAAUCAGAGCCUCAUUGCUGCUAAGUUUCAAGAAGAAGACUUUAUUUACGGGCAGGAUGCCAAAUUACCGGGAGCAAUCGUCCCCGAUGACACAUUGAAACAACCAGGGCCUGAUGCUGAAUCAAUAUUUCAGUUAUACAAACGGGUUGCAACGAUUCUUAGUAAAUAUACCGUAGGCAAAUUCCCCGACGCCGCAUUGAAACACAUCCCCUCAAUGCAAAAUUGGGAGGAUGUUUUAUCUAUAACUGAACCUCACAAUUGGUCUCCAAAUGCUGUCUAUCUAGCCAAUAGGAUAUAUGUUUCUAACUUUGGUGCAACAAAGGCCGAGCGCUUCUACUGCCUUGUGUUGCUUCCAAGAGUCAGACAAGAUAUAAGACAGAACAAUCACUUGCAUUUUGCUUUAUACCAAUCACUUCAAAAGGCAUUGCAAAAACCUACUGCUUUCUGUAAGGGAAUACUCAUUCCGCUAUGCGAGUCGCGUACAUGCACUCUUAGGGAAGCAGUCAUUGUUGGAAGCAUUAUAGAAAAGGGGUCUAUUCCUUUCCUCCAUUUAUGUGCUACACUAUUGAAGCUUGCUGGGAUGGUUUAUUGUGGCACUAUAAGCUAUUUCAUAAAGCUUCUUCUGGAGAAGAAAUAUGCUCUGCCGUAUCGCGUGCUUGAUGCAGUUGUUGCUCAUUUCAUGAGAUUUGUCAAUAAAACUAGAAUAACGCCUGUUAUAUGGCACCAGUCACUUCUUACAUUUGUGCAGAGGUACAAAAAUGAGCUGCUGAAGGAAGAUAAAGAUAGUUUAAAGUUUCUACUGGAAAAGCAAACACAUGAAUUAGUUACACCUGAAAUUAGUAGAGAGCUAAAACACAGUUAUAAUCGAGACAAAAAGCCGGGUGUUCUCAUGUCAAGACCCUGUGGUUCAAUACUUGUGAUCAAAGCUUUUGAAGAAGAGAGAUUUCGCAUUUUAGAUUUUCCAAUGGAGGAAGACUAAUUUAUUGCGGCUUUGACGUUUGUUACCCUUGUCUUGGAUAAAAUAUAGACGCCCUCAUCCUCAUGUUGAGCGCAGGCUGUCGGUAAUUUUGUACUUAGAUGCAUGCACUUGGUGUUUGGAUUUUCAUGCUACAUGUUAUUUUGAAGGGGCUCAUGCUAUAAUUAUUAUUAUUCUUAUUUAUGGUUCUUUCCAUAAAAUAUUCUUGUAUCGGGGUAAGAUAUUAGAAUAUUUAUUAUACAUUAUAAGAUUAUUCUACUGUUUUUGUAUCACUACUGCAACUCAUUUUUUACUAGAUUGUGGGUUUUAACUCUA